AUGAUUACCAAUCCGGUUCUGCUCCUCCUGGUGCUCUCUGUCCCGUGGCCCAGUGCUGCCCUGCCUUUCAAACCUGGAAAUAUUGGGAAUCUGUUUGGGAUGGAGGAGAGCGAUGGGAGGAUUCUCCAGCGGUCCAAACGUGGAUGGAUGUGGAAUCAAUUCUUUCUGCUCGAGGAAUACGCAGGAAACGACCAUCAAUAUGUCGGCAAGCUGCACUCCAACAUGGACAAAGGUGACGGCAACGUGAAGUACGUCCUGACUGGGGACGGGGCAGGCACCCUGUUCCUGAUCGAUGAGAAGUCCGGGGAUAUCCACGCCACCAAGAAGUUGGACAGGGAAGAUAAAGCUAUGUACACGCUCCACGCCAAGGUUCUGGAUAGAAACACUAAUGCAGAGCUGGAGCCCGACACUGAAUUUAAUAUAAAAAUUCAUGACAUCAAUGACAAUGAACCAAAGUUUGCAAAGGACAUCUACUUCGCCAGUGUCCCUGAAAUGUCCGAAGUUGGUACAUCUGUUGUCACCGUUACUGCCACUGAUGCUGACGAUCAAACGUACGGGAACAGUGCCAAGCUUGUGUAUAGCAUUCUACAGGGACAACCGUAUUUCUCUGUGGAUUCCGAAAAUGGCACCAUCAAAACAGCCCUGCCUGGCAUGGAUAGAGAACUCAAGGAAAACUACCAGGUUGUGAUCCAGGCUAAAGACAUGGCGGGACAGAUGGGUGGGCUUUCAGGAACCACUACGGUCAACAUCACCCUGUCCGACGUGAACGACAGCCCGCCACGCUUCGCUAACCAUUCCUUUCGCGUGACUGCUGUGGAGUCGACGGAGAUCGGAGGCGCCAUUGGCCGAAUUAAGGCUGACGAUCCCGAUGUUGGCCGUAACGCUGAGAUGGAGUACAGUAUUGUCGGAGGUCAUGACACAUUCAACAUUAUCACUGACCAAUCCACACAAGAGGGAGUCAUCAUAAUCAAAGAGGCACUGGAUUAUGAAAGUAAGAGGGACUACGAGUUCAGAGUGGAGGUGAAAAACACCUACUUAGAUGCAAGGUUCAUCCACGGUUUGCAAUUCAAAGACUACGCCACGGUCAAGGUAACAGUAGAGGAUGUGGAUGAGCCCCCGGUUUUCACCAGGAACCCUUACAUCAUAGAGGUGCACGAGGACACGGCUGCUGGCAGCUUCGUCGGUGUGGUGUCGGCCAGGGACCCCGAUGCUGACAACAAGCCAGUCAAAUACUCCAUUGAUCGGCAUACAGAUCUGGAGAGGCUGUUCAACAUUGACUCUGUGAAUGGCACCAUCACGACACUGAAAGCACUGGACAGAGAAAUGUCCAAAUGGCACAACAUCUCUGUGGUGGCCACUGAAAUAAACAAUCCGCGUCAGACUACGCGAGUGCCCGUGUUCAUCAAGGUGUUAGACGUCAAUGACAACGCCCCUGAGUUUGCAAUGUCUUACGACACGUUUGUCUGUGAGAACGUCAAAGCAGGACAGCUGAUUCAGACAAUAAGCGCCGUUGACACCGACGAACCCCUUGUUGGACACAAGUUUGUCUUUAGUGUAAGCGCCACCAACCCAAACUUCACCAUCGUUGACAGGGAAGAUAACACGGCCAAUAUCCUGACGCGGAGGGGGGGUUUCAGCCGCCGCGAGAUGAGCAUGUACUUCCUGCCCGUCGUGAUCUCUGACAACGACUACCCCAUUCAGAGCAGCACCAGCACGCUGAUCGUGCGUGUGUGCGCUUGUGACAGCCGUGGAAACAUGCAGUCAUGUAACCCCGAGGUCCUGCCUUUCUCAGAUGGUCUCACAACUGGAGCUCUGGUGGCCAUACUGCUCUGUGUCAUCAUUCUCCUCAUGAUCGUGGUGCUGUUUGCUGCCCUGAGGAGGCAGAGGAAGAAGGAGCCUCUGAUCAUCUCCAAAGAGGAUGUCAGAGACAACGUUGUCAGCUACAACGAUGAAGGGGGUGGAGAGGAGGACACUCAGGCCUUUGAUAUCGGCACACUGCGCAACCCAGAGGUGAUGGAUGCUAACAAGCUACGCAGGGACAUCAUACCCGAAAUGCUGUUUCCCUUUCGGAGGACGUCACCUAUAAAGGAUAACACUGAUGUCAGAGACUUCAUUAAUGGGAGGCUUCAGGAGAACGAUUCAGAUCCCACGGCACCCCCCUAUGACUCCCUGGCCACAUACGCUUAUGAGGGCAGUGGGUCACUGGCAGAAUCCCUCAGUUCACUGGAGUCCGCUGCGACCGAGGGGGACCAGGAUUUUGAUUACCUCAGCAGCUGGGGACCACAAUUCAAAAAGUUGGCCGAGAUGUACAUAGGGAAGAGCCCUGACAGAGAGACCUAG